UUGGACCAAGACACUUGUGAGGAGUUCAAGAGGCAGGCAUGAAAGAGAAACUCGAAAAGGUUUACACUCAUCUUACUCAUACAAUGCUUGCACUGAUGGCUCAAACUGAAUGUGUGAGUGAGAUGACGGGUGAGAAAGAGAGAGCAGUGAGUGUGUGCAAAAGAGUGAGAGAGUCAGAGAGAUGAGUUCCUCUCCACCCACAUCCAUCCGUGUCCAAUGUGAGGGGGAGGUGAAACAGUUGAGAGCUUACUGUGCUGUUAACUGGCAUUAUUUAGUUGCUUCACUCAGGAGACGAGACUAGUCAAGACUCCUCAUCAGAAUUUCACCCAGUUGGAGCAACAAUGACUUCCCAUGUAAAACUUCGGAAAGAGAGAGUUGGCGUUGUGGAUUAUGACACACAAAUCAAAGAGGUGCGUUGCCAGCUUGUGGAUCAGUUGAAGGUUUUGGACCUGCAACUGGAACAGAAGAGUCAGCAGCUGCAAGAUCUGACAGACUACCUUCGACGACGGAGUGAGAUUGAAAGCGAGUAUGCACGCUCCCUGGAUAAACUUGCUGAAAGAUUCACCUCCAGGAUCAAGAGGAAGGAGCCCAGCAGUAACUCUGUAGCCCAGGUCUGGAUAGCUCUGCUGUCCCAGACCCGCCAAGAGAGUAAGGACCACAAUAGACUAAGUGAAAGCUGCAGUAGCCUCCUCAUCCAGCCCCUCACACACUGCUUGGAAUACACUCAACGUCUUGCAAAAAAGAGUAAAGAUAUCUGCACUCAGCUACAAGACGGCCUGCUCAAGGUUACCACAGAGCUGCAGACUGCAUGGCGAACCUACUACCAGUACCACUCAGACUUUGUUCUUGCAGAAGGGAAGCUGAAGGAAGCAGAGAAACAAGAAGAAAAGCAGAAGCAGAGUGCUGCUAAGAAGCUGGAGAGGUUGAUAGAAAAAAGACAAGGUAAGGUCAAGGAGAUCUAUCUGAAGUGCAGCAAGGCCCGAAACGAGUACCUCCUUAACUUGGCUGCAGCAAACGCCUCCAUGAACAAGUACUACCUCCAAGACAUCUCUACUCUCAUAGAUUGUGCAGAUGCAGGCUACCACUUGUCUUUGAGCCGGGUGAUGCAGUCCUACCUGUCAAGUCGGUGGCGGGCCCAGCAGAAUCUUGGCACAGGUUUGCAGCAGCUCCAGGGCACAGUGUCAGGUCUAGACCAGAGCCACGACAGAGACACCCUCCUGCAGGACCACUAUAACACCUUCUGUAUGCCGCUACGCUUCCCCUAUCAGCCCCAUGAUGGAGACCAGGUGUCUGAGGUCAGCGCAGAGAGUGAGAUGAGAUGUGAGCUGGAGACCAGAUUCAAGCAGAUACAAACAAGACUUAAAGCUGUCACCCAGGAAGCAGAGGAGGCUAAUAAGAGCAUGACAGUAUCCAAGUCUUCCCUGCUGGAGAACAUCAGUGAUGAUGAUCUGGAGCCAGGCAACAUGUCUUCUCAAGAGGGCAGCACUGAAAACCUGACAGUCAAACCCAGUGUGGCGCGCCGCAGAGCCAACCUACAGGAAAUAGAAAACCUUUUCUUCACUAGAGUUAAAGAGUAUCUUGUAAGCAGCUCUCUGGAGUCCAAACUGCAGGCGAAACAUGAUAUGCUUAAAGUGGCGGUGGAAAAAGCUGAAGCAUCAAAUGCACACCAGCCAAGACUUAAUGGACAGUCAGUGCGUGUGAGACGAAAUCACUCUGGUACACAUUUGCUGCACAACCACAAACUUUUCAAUGGAGAUAUGCUGUCCUUCAUAGAGGCAUCAGGCCAACAGAUUCCAAUCAUUGUGGAAAGCUGCAUUCGCUACAUCAACCUCAAUGGUCUCCAUCAUGAGGGCAUAUUCAGAGUUCCAGGGUCUCAGAUGGAGGUCAACAACCUGAGGGAUGCAUUUGAGCGAGGAGAGAACCCCCUGGCUGAGCAGAGAUAUGAUCUGGACUCUGUUGCUGGGGUGCUGAAGCUCUACUUCAGAGGUCUGGAGAAUCCCCUUUUCCCCAUCAACAGCACCAGCCAGCUCCUGGAGCACGCACAAAUAAAGAACGACGCAGAGAGAGCAGCUCAGCUUAAAAUACUCAUCUCUUCAUACCCGGAGCCUGUCAUUAUUGUUAUGAGAUACCUCUUUGCAUUCCUUCAUCAUGUGUCUCAGUACAGCGACGAGAACAUGAUGCAGCCUUACAACCUGGCUGUGUGUUUUGGCCCCAGCCUGGUUAGAGGAGAACAAGACGAUGAUGUGGUGACCCUUCAGCCUCUGAUAAACGCUCUGGUGAAAAACAUCAUCCUCCAGCAUGAGAGCAUCUUCCCCAGUCAGGCUGAAGUACCAGGACCAGUGUAUGAGAAGUGCAUGACACUGCAACAGGAUGACAGUGAGCCAAUCAUUGAGGAAGGAGACGCAGAGGCCGAGUACAUCCAGAACAAAGAUGAGUCAGAAACGGGUCACUCAGCUGAAAGCUCAUCUGCAGCACCAAAACAGAAAAAAGUGCAGCGUCCCAGAUCCAACAGCAGUGGCGCUAUCGACCAAACCAGGUUGACAGCUGGACCAGUAGGUGGCAGUGUCGCUCAAGGUGGAAAGCUAAUGUUGCAAAUUCCAGUGGGGAAACCCCGGCGUUUCCACUCUCCUGGACAUGUGCGCAGAGAAUGUCAGGGGGUCUCAUCGGCUGAGGAUAUUCCUGUUAAAGUAGACAAGGAGGUCUGUCGCCAGAUGGACUCGGUCUUCAAGGAGCUCCUCUCACGGCAAGUCACACAGGAUCCUUCUUUCUCCUCGCCCACUGCCCAAGCUGCACAAAAGAAGGGAGGGCGUGAUGGGCGCAAGGGGAAAUGAGCAGCGCUCUUCAAAGCAGCAGAUCCACUGAACCAAGGGCCCUGACAUCACUGAAAGACACGAAAAAGAGAAAGGGAUGGGCUCUGACUGCAGAUUUCAGCACACCUUUUUCUGAAAGUGAGAUCACUGAACCUGUUUUAGCUCUCUGUGGUCUUUGUGAUUUGUUUGGGCUGUCCUCUUACUUAGAUCUUGGUAUUCAUGUUUUGCACAUGAGAUCCCUGCUGUGGUUGCAGACCUGCAGUAUAAUAUUAAAACUACUUGAAAAACAUAGUUAUGUAUGCCUACAGCUGAAAAUAUUUACAUAGUUUUUGACUUAGUCUAUGUAGAUACUCAGCUGUUUUCAUUUCAGAAAUAUUCUGUUUUUAAUCAGUGCGCACACAUUUACAUACAAGCACAUGUUUAUUAUCCAGUGUCUGUUUAUCAAAUGAGAUGGAGUCCCAUGGUUUAUCAAAAAACUGUGAAUACUAUUGCUGUAAAGAAUUUGUACAUAUUGCUUAUUUGUAAGUUGGAUCAGUCUGAAUUUGUCUGUAUAUCAGGACCUAAUGCCAAAUAAAUAUUUUGUGUAUUCUGAUCUUCA